GAGGAGCAGUGUGGAGAAGCAGUGUAGAGGAGCAGUGUGGAGGAGCAGUGUGGAGGAGCAGUGUAGAGGAGCAGUGUAGAGGAGCAGUGUGGAGGAGCAGUGUGGAGGAGCAGUGUGGAGGAGCAGUGUAGAAGAGCAGUGUGGAUUCUCACUAGACUGAGUCUCAGAACUACAGCAGAAACAUGGACAUGUUCUUUGGGAGCUGGAAACUUGUGAAGAGUGUGAACAUGGAGGAGCUUCUGAGAGCAUCUGACUGUGAUGAGGAAGAGGGAAACGUGAUUAAAGCCCUGAAGCCAGUCGUCAGCUUCUCCCAGGAGAAUGACCAUCUGGUGAUGAAGACGCAAACCAUCAUCGGGACGAAGAGCAGGACGUUUCAGCUGGGGGAGGAGUUUCAGGAAGAGAGUUUAUUCGGCCAGUUUUACAAAACUGUGAUCAACCUGGAUGGAGAAAAACUCAUCCAGGUGUAUAAGUGUGAGGGUGGUGAGGUCACGGUUCUGCGAGAGAUCCAGAACAAGGACCUGAUCAUGACCCUGACGUGUGACGAGGCCACAGCGGUGCUCACGUUUCAGAAGGUGUAAAUGUUGGAGAAACUUCCAGCUGUAUGUGGCUUCUCCAUCAUUGAGCAGCCAGAAGAAGAACCAGCUGCAGACAGAUGCAUGAAUCCUGAUCUUUAUAAACCAAACUCAAUAAACAGUUCAGAAAAAUCA